AUGGUUCUCGGCAUCCUCACUUCGAUUGCAGCUUGUCCGGCGAUUAUUGGAACAACAGAAGCCGUAAGAUCAGGUCAGAAGCAAAAUGCAAGAGAACGGCAUAGAAGUCGCAAAGCAAAUCUAGUUGUCUCAUGUCAAGAUCCAUCGCGAAAAGCUCGUGAUGUCCAUGGUGGAACGGUGGUGUUAAGAGACAACAAACUUUUUGUGACCACCGUAAAUCCUAAAUCAAAAUUCCCUGAAGAUUACGAGAAUGAUAGCGAGCGGAUACAAGGCUUUGGCCAUCUCUUUGCCGGUUACUUUUUUCCAUAUCCCGAAAGUAAAUGGGGUCGUCGGGGUGAAGGAUACGUCUCAACCGUUACCGACGAUCCUCCACAGCUGAACUGGAUAUACGUGGACAAAGAUACAUAUGAAGUAAAAUAUGGGCUUAGGAAAGACGCGGAGGGACAUUUAACAGGGCCCUGGAACGUCACACCGAUCGAUCGCAGAUUAAAUUUUGAUGGCUGGGAAGGGUUUAUUAUUGUUGAGGAAACCGAAGGAGUUUGGGCUCUAUAUUUUGAUGUUGAUGAUGAUGGGCUCGAAACUAAAGUUGGCUUGGAUAAACGGAUUAUGGAGAUUGAGUUAACAAGAAGAGAGUUGAGGAUGAUGAAAGGAGAUUGUAUUAUUUGA